UGAUAUUCCCAUCAUUUUAUAUCCACAUCUUACUUGUAUUCUAUUGGUUUAUGAUUACGCCUUUUUCUUUUAUCUUUUAUUUGCAACUGGGGAGGUUCUUGUCUUGACAACCCAUGAGGUACUCGCUUCUUGCAUAAAUAGUCAUCACACACACACAUACGCACACACACACAUACGCACGCACAUACGCACGCACAUACGCACACAUUCAGACAUGGCUGACGCUGCUACUCCUGCUCCUUCAGAGCCCAUUGUAGGGGAUCCAUGUGCUCUCGCCCUUGAGGGUGACUAUGAUAUGGGUCUUCAUGUCGCUUCCAUCUUUAUCAUUAUGGGUUUGUCUCUCAUUGGGACCAUGCUCCCGAUUGUGAGUGGCAAGUGCUUCAAGUCGGGAAGCAACAUUUUCCAAGCAUUCAAGUUGUUUGGCGCGGGUGUCAUCCUCGCCACCGCUCUCGUGCACAUGCUCACCCCCGCUCAAAAAAGUCUCGCCAAUCCGUGUCUCCCCAAAGCCUUUCAAGACUACUCUGCGUGGGGAUCCGCUAUGGCCCUCUUUGGUAUCCUCUUUACCCAUCUCAUUCAAAUCACCGCUUCAAAUCUCUUGCGGAAACGAAAAGCAUCCAAAGCCAUCAACAGCACGCCCAAAAAGGACGCUUCGUCAAAGACAUUGGAAGAUGGUACCGUUGUCAUCGAAGAACAGGAUCCCCAUGAUGUCCAUCGCCUUUCGCAUGCCCAUGCAGAGGACGCUCAUGUCCAUAGCUUGUUGUUGGAUGCAGAGGAAAAGACGAUUACUACGUAUAUUUUGGAGGCUGGUAUUGCCAGCCAUUCCAUCAUAAUCGGGCUGACCUUGGGUGCUGCCAGAGAGGAAUUCAAAUCCCUCCUCGUCGCCCUCUGCUUUCACCAAUUCUUUGAAGGUCUCGCCCUCUCCACCAUCAUCCUCGACGCCCCUCACAAACGCCUCACCUCCAUCCUCAUGGUCCUCUUUUACUCCCUCUCAACACCCAUCGGCAUUGCCCUCGGUAUCGCCAUCCACUCGAGUUUCAAUGAGAAUGCUGUAGCGAGUUUGAUUAGCAUGGGCAUCCUGGAUGCGCUUGCGGCGGGUAUUUUAUUGUAUGAUGGACUUGUUAACGUGAUUGUACCGCAUUUUGCUGGGAAUGGGUACAAGGAUGCGUCCAAUGGACAGCAACUUGCUCAAGUGGCUUGUUUGUGGGUUGGGGCGGCUGUGAUGGCUGUUAUUGGGAGGUGGGCGUAAGAGUUUUUUUUAUAUAUACCUAUGGGGAAAUGUUUUGGGUUUUGUACUCUACAAGUUGGUCAGGACAUUCGGUGUCGAACUUUUUUUUUUUUUUUUUGUAUUGAAAUGUCAUGAGCUGUC